AUGUACUACGCAGCAUUCGAAGGAACAGUCCCAGAGGAGAAGAACGCACUCUCUGGACGCUUCUACAACACCUUGCUACCAAAGCUCAAGCAAAUCGACGGCUUCACGGAUGAGUCCGGCUUUGUGUCUCGAUCAGACAAGCACACCAGCCUGACGCUGUCAAGAUGGGAGGACGUAGCAGCCUUGAAGCGGUGGCGGAACGAGGAGACGCAUUUGAGGAUUCAAAACAAAGCCAGCUCUGACGUUUACAGCUGGUAUCGACUUCGAAUUGGGCCCUCCGAAACGCACGAUGGCAUUGAGCAUGACGAGGAUGGGAUGGCUAGGAUCAUGGUAAUGGUGCAUAAACCCAAGGACGCUGAGAAACAGGUUGCGCAUGGCAUUGAAGCGUUGAUCGACCGCGACGCUGGAGGUGAUGGGUGGAACGGCUUGGUCGACUUUGACGAGUACGAAGGCGAGACCGGCCUGCUGUGGUUGACGGGCUGGCGAACGCCGUUCGAUGCAGCACGGUUCAUGAAUGCUAUUCGAGCUGAUAGCGGUUCGGUGACUUGCGUUCGGGUGGAAAGAGACUACACCAAGGUAGAGCGGCGUCAAGCACCAAGCGAGACCCCAGGGGUCAGGCAAGAAGACUGA